AUGUUGCAAAAGAAAAACUCAGAUAAAGAGAAUACUUGUUAAAAUAAUAAAGAUAUAUCAAAGCAACGGAUCAUAGGAGAUUAUUAAUUAGUUAAAACUCUUGGGGUUGGCACAUUUGGUCUCGUUAAAUUGGGUUUGCAUCAAAUCACUGGAGAGAAGGUAGCAAUAAAGAUUCUGGAAAAGGAGCGAAUAAUAGAGGUGGCAGAUGUAGAGAGAGUUUCAAGGGAAAUACAUAUUUUAAAAUUGAUUCGACAUAGACAUGUGAUUUAAUUAUAUGAGAUUAUAGAAACAAAGAAGCACAUCUUUUUAGUUAUGGAAUUUUGUGAUAAUGGUGAACUCUUUGAUUAUAUUGUAAAGAACGAGAAAUUAGAUGAAAUAGAGGCUUGCCGCAUAUUCUAAGAGCUGAUCUCAGGCAUAGAAUAUAUUCACAAACUUAAUAUAGUUCAUAGAGAUUUGAAACCAGAAAAUUUACUAUUAGAUCAUUAGAACCAAAUUAAGAUAGUAGAUUUUGGACUAUCAAACACUUACAAAUAAGGCGAAUUGCUAAAAACUGCUUGUGGAAGUCCUUGUUAUGCUGCUCCAGAGAUGAUAGCUGGUCAUAGAUAUCAAAGCAUCUUAGUUGACAUUUGGUCAUGUGGUGUCAUCUUAUUUGCUACUAUUUGUGGUCAAUUACCCUUUGAAGAUAAGCACACCAGCGAUUUAUAUAAGAAAAUACUGGGUGGUUAAUAUACAAUACCUCCUCAUGUUUCACAAGAUGGCUAAUAAUUCCUAAAAGGACUACUAAACACAGAUCCUGCCAAACGUUUUAAUCUGGAAUAAAUUAAAUAACACCCCUGGUUUAGGCUGUAUAAGAGAGUUCAGUCUAUUCCCUAAGGAAUUAUUAUUGGUUAUAGCAGAAUCCCUAUAGAUGAUGUGAUCGUUGAUUAAUUAGCAACCAAAGGAUUUAGUUCGGAUUAUAUAAAGAAAUGUCUUGAUGCUAACAAGCACAACAAUCUAACUACAGCUUAUUUUCUAAAUUUAAAGAAGCAUCUCAUGAAUGGCGGAUAAUCAGUUGCAGAUAUUAACUCAAGCAAUUUUAAUGAAAAAUUAUUGGAACCUGCAAUUCGUCCUUAGAAACCACCUAUCAGCACUCUUUUAGAUGGUUCAAUCAUGAAAACUCUUACACACAAUAGAUCUGGCUCAUGUCAGACAAAUAAAAAGUCCCACACUCAAACCAGAGGACUUUCUAUUCCUACUACUACUGAAGAUACAAGAUCCAUCUAUAAUGGAUCCAAAAACUACUAAACUUCAUCAUUAUCCAUAGAUGAUUAAUCAUUCCACAUAGAAAGAAAUAAAUCCUAAUCGUUUUAACAGACUAAUAACAAGAAGAUGACAACUGAUAUAUAAAUUAAUGACACUCUAAAUAAAACCACAUAUUUGGCCACUUGCAAAAGAUCAUCGAAUACAUCCACUGUAUCUCCAGCACAUUAGAAUAUACUACUUUAAUAUUUAAAAUCAUCUACUAAGAAUGGGACUCCAACUGCUCAUAGGGGUAGUUCAUAACCUAAAAUACCAUAUAAUAGUAAGACAACUAAAAAUCAAAAGAAUUCUUAUUAAAAUUUUGAUACUUGUUCUGGUUAAGAUAAAAAAAAAGAAAAUAAACCAAUUAAUUUAAUGGAUACCACCAAUAUUGAAUGUAAAAAAAGAUCACUACAUAUAGAGGGGGAUCUUUCUAUGCCAGCAAGCACAAAGCCUCAAUCAAUGCCAUAUUAACUUUGGUUGAAAAUAAAUAGUAGAAAAGGAUCAAGAGAUCAUAGUGGAGGAGGCUAAAAGACUAAAAAAGCAAAUAGUAACACUACAAAGGCUAACAUUAAUUAAAGCUUCAAUUUUGACAAAAGAGUUUGA